UAGGGGCGAAUGUAGAACUAUAAAAUGGGAACCGAAACUCAUUUUAGAAGUAGAAACUAUAAACCCCUUUCAUUCAUUCAUUCAUUCAAGAUUUUUACACAGUGAUGGCUGAAGUUGCCGUUUCCAACUCGCAAGAACACCCCGUCCUUGAUGCCGCCACCGCCACCGCCACCGCCACCACCGGAAAUGAAAAGAUUUCAUUUGCUGCUCCGCAAGAAGAACUCGAUGGCAAGAAGAAACGCCUCUUGGAAGAACUCGAAUCUGCUUUGGUCACUCCGAUUCCAAAACCACCUAACUGCUUAGGGUUUGGAAUUGAGGUGAUUGACGAAACUGCAUUGCUCGAUUCCAUUCCAAAGAAGAAGAACAAUAAUAAUAAUGGGAAACAAUCAAGAAAAAGGCCUUCCAAGAAGAUUCACAAGAAGAAGACCACUGUUACCACCGUCACUGAAGGAGGCUCUGAGAUGAACAACAAGAAGAAGAAGUACUCUCGUGAUGAGAUGGAGGCUCUGAGGUUUGUGGAUGUCUCAAAACAGCGCAAUUUCUGGAUAACAAUAUACGCUGCACUUCAAUCUGCUUUCGCUGACGAGUAUGAUACCUUGGCUUCCAACAACCAUCAGCCUCUUCCAUUUAUCCCCAACAAGAAACCGAUUCUCACCGGUGCAGUGUAUUGUGGAAAUAUGGACAGUGGAAGUGUAAGUCCAGUUUCAGAAGAGUGCAUUGAAGACGAUGAUAGUGAGGAUGAUUAUGCUAGCAUCCAGAGGCCUGCGUUUCAGGUAGAUGGAGAACCUAAUUUUGAUUCUGGUCCACCAGAAGACGGAUGGGAAUAUCUUAGGCGUGUCAGGUGGGAGGCACAUCAAAUUCCUAAAGUGAAGGUAUCCAAACUUGAUAGAAGUAAACUUAAUAAGGAACAAAGUCCUUAUAUGCCCCAGAUUCCUGAUAUUGCCAAGUGUUCUGAGCAUCUGUUACCGUUGAAACAGUGGGAGGAUGUAUUUCUUGAAGAAUUUUCAGCACUAAGAGCGAAUCUGUCAUGUCUUGAUGAAGGUUCAAGUGCCAUGCAUUCUGGUAAUCUACAAUCUCUUCAUUCGUCAAAGCUACCUGGCAAUAAUGUUGGAGUUGUGAACAGAGAUGUGCUACUUUUUAAUAACAUGAGCAUUGGUAAGGCUGAUCAACCUUCUAACUUGACUGCUAAAGAUGAGGAUAGCACUGUGCCUAUGGAGAAUCCUGGAUUGAAAACUUCCACAGAUCAAACUAGCAGCAGCUGUGUCACUCCUCCCAUGCUUUCUGCAAUCCUAGGAAUGGACUCUGUAUCCCGAGUAUCAAUGCUGCUGAAACGAAUUCGCCUGCUAGAGCCUGAAAACACCAUCCCAAGAAUUGAGUGCAUGUGGCUUUUUGCUCUCUGUGCAGCAGUAGAUGCUCCGCUAGAUGCAGACACGUGCGCUGCUCUGAGGAGUCUGCUGCGGAAGUGUGCCUGCAUCCGUGCUGGAAAGGCAGAACUGGAUGACGAGGUUGUAAUGCUGAAUAUAUUGGCCACUAUUUCGGGUAGAUAUUUUGGACAAUCUGAAAAUUGAAUUCCCAGUUUGCAACUUUUUGAGGUCUUAUGUUUUAUAUCUGGGAUGGAGCCAAGAACAUGUAUGGUUAUAAUUUAUCAGAUGAUGCAUAAAAUAUACUGUAUGGUUCUAAGGUUAUAAUUUAUUAGAUGAUGCAUAAAAUAUACUGUAUGGUUCUAAGAGUUUAUAAAUAUGUUUUUAAUUUUUAUUUUUUAUAUUGUACUAAUGUAAUCUUUUAAUGAAGUUCUUUACAAUUAAAUUGCUCGACAUUUAGCAAAA